CCUGAAUCGUAGGUACAAGUUGUGCAGAAGCAUCCACUGACUACCUCGACGUACACUCAAUAGCUUCAGGACGUUAUGGCGUAUAAUAGCAGAAACCGAGGGAACGUGCCCUUGCACAACCACAAACCUGGAAAUGGUGAUCCCGAAGGAUAUCACCAAGGAGGGCAUCCUGAGGGACAUAACAGCGGAGGCAAUCUUGCGGGAUAUCGCGACGGAGGUCAUCGUGCGGGAUACCAACACGGGGGUAGUCCCGCAGGACAUCAGUACGGAGCUAGUACCACGGGACAUCAACACGGAGGUCAUCCGAAGGGACAUAAGCAGGGCGUUAACACCACAGGAAGUCGACACGGAAGUCAUCCACAGGAUCACCACCAAGGGGGUCGUGGAUACAGAGGUCAUUCUGGGGGAUAUCACCACGGAGGUCAUUCUGGGAAGCCUCAACCUGGAGGGUAUUCUGCAGGACAUCAUAGCGGAAGUCAUCCGAGUGGAAAUUACCAUGGAGGUUACCCUGCAGUACAAUAUCAUGAAGGAAAUGGCGAUUGGGAAAUGCAUGAUCAUGAAAUGCAGACUCAGGCCCAGGAGCAGAUUCAGAAGCAACGCUCGUUACAAGGUCACGGCCAUAAUAGAAGCUGAGCUCACUUGCCUUGAUGCUCAAAUGACUUUUGCUCCACCCGAGGUAACAAGAGCAGCCAGAAUGAAGUUGCUGGAAAAAACACUGAAAUGGGCAGCAGCCAGAGAAGAAGCAAAAAUCAAACCAAGUUCCGUCGAUGCCUACACAAAGAAUGUGGUACAAGUCCUGAUAAAACCAGAUUCGGUGAAGUUUCCAGAAAGGGAACGAGAUCCAAGAUCUGCCAGUUUGGACGAACCUACAGUGAACGAACUCAUGUUCGGUUUUGCCCAAGCCCAAUACAAAGGAGACCUACAGGAUAAAGAGUUUGAAGCCCAUCCUAAUAAGAAAGCCGCUAUGCGCAAAAUUAGAGAGGGGGAGGACCUCCACAGUGGAGCAGCACGCCUGUUGAAUUUAAAUCUUGAAGACGGCGAAUUCUACCAUGUUCUUCAUGCAUCUCUCGAACAUCUUGAUUUUUGUGCCAAGGAAGAUUUGUGUUAAAUUUCUUUUUUUGUGUUUGUCUCUAUAACGCAACAAAAGCUCCUUGAGAACUGGAGGUUGUGGGGAGUUACUUUCUUUGAACAUUUUUUUUUCUGUCAAGAUUUUGGUAUUAGCUUUUAAAUGAUGGAUAUGGGACUCUUAAUUUUCUUUCCCUGAAUAGGUAGCAUACUAAGUUCUCUAGCGCCAAUCGGUGUAAUUGUUUAUCUCCUCUUUGGGCCAUACACGGGUCAUUGGUAGACUUGUUAGUUGACUUCAGCUGUGAUGUAUGAUUCUUUUUUCCAUUCUUUUCUUUUUUUUCGUAUAUGCCGAAUAAACUGAUAACUCAGAUACAAUGAAAUAUAUGAAGUUCAUAUAUUUUGAACUGCGGUAUUAGAUACGUAUG